UGGGUGGAUUAUUUUAUUGCCUGGUGGGGUGAGAUGAGAUGGUGUAGUUGUUUGUUCAUCGCUUUUUAUUUAAUGUGUGAAAAGAAAGGGCGGAGGCAACUUGUUGGUUUUGUCAUCUUUUGUCCAACUCAUUUCUUUUGCUUCUUCUCUCUUUCUUUUUCAAUUGAGUGACAGCUUCAGCUUUCAUCUUGAUAAUUUCUUUUGGUGCAGCAGUAUCUAGUAAUUGAUCUCUUCAAAAGUUUUUCUUUUGGGCAUAGCAUAGUAAGAAUCAAGUAGUUAUGGAUGGUUCUAUCUCUCCGAAAUUGGACACACAGGUUACUGAGUCUGAACUCAAAUCAGAAACUGAAACUCAGGCUUCCAAAAGAAGGAAGGUGGUUGAGAAGACUGUUGUUAGAGUGAAGAUUGGAGAAAAUGCUGGGAAGCUAAAGAAUGAAGGUCCACCUUCAGAUUUUUGGUCUUGGAGGAAGUAUGGACAGAAACCAAUUAAAGGUUCUCCUCAUCCGAGGGGUUACUACAGGUGCAGCACAUCAAAAGGAUGCUCGGCCAAGAAACAAGUAGAGAGAUGCAGAACCGAUGCUUCAAUGCUUAUUAUCACCUACACCUCUUCCCAUAACCAUCCAUGUCCUGAUGUUCACAAUAUCAAUUUGACCCAACAAUUUAAAGAACCUGAAAUCCAAGACACUGAGGAUCCGCCCACUACCCCAAAACAAGAAGAACCACAAGAGGAAAAGGAGGAGACAAAGAAUCAACCUACUGUCACUGUGACCACCAUCGAUGAAGAUGUAAGUGAAGAUCAAUUUCAUUAUUUACAAUCCCCAAUAAGAUGUCCCCGAGACAUUAUGAUUAACCAAGAAGACCCUUUCACAGAGAAUCUAGAAAAAGAUCAUGAUACACUGAGCCUUCUCUUGGAUGAAGAGCCCCUCUCUUAUCCAAAUCUCAUGAAAUUUUCAACACCCAAAUCAGAAGAGAAUAAUGACUUCUUUGAUGAGCUUGAAGAACUGCCCACAUCUUCAGUUUACAGUAGCUUCAUGAGAAGCAAUCUCUUCGAUGAAAGGAUUCCUGUUGUCCCUUCUUGAUCCGAGUGUUUUUAGUGUUUGCAGCCUUAGUGAAACUGUAAUUAAAAUGUUGAUAAAUGGGAUUCCCACUUCCAUUAGUUUUAAUUGGCAUUUUUCUAGUUUUUCUAAAGUUAGUGGGUAGAUAUAAUAAAAUAUAAUUUUGGGGGGUUUUCUUGGAGAUAGAGAUAAAUGCUUUUGUUAGAUGAGAAAUCCACCAAGUCACAUACACAUGCACACUCAUUUUGGUGGUGGAGCCUUUUGUGGGUGCUUGUUUCUGUAGAUUAUUUUUAUCAUUAAAGAUAGCACGAGGUUCACGAGUGGCUGCACUUACAUCUUUAUGAUACAUGAGGAUCUCUUUUUCCCCUUUUGAA